AUGUCUAAUAAUAUUCGUCGUGAGGUUGCCCCUGAUUGGAGAAUUGUGACGGAAUGGUUAAAUAUUGAGGCCUAUUAUGGAGGUUAUGUUCUUGUAAAAUGGGAUAUCGCAAUGGUGGUAUCUUUGAUUUUUUCCGUAAUUAAAGGGACUGCGGAUGUCCGAUUUGCGGUCGAUAUGUGCAACCUUAAAACUUUGGCUUUUACAACACUUUCUAUAAGGUGGUUGGUUAUAAGAAAGGAAGAUCUGACAUAG